AUGCUCUUUGAUAAAGUCUUCCUUGCGUCCCUAUUAGGAUUCGCAGCAAGCUCCACAGCUACCAUUGUAGCCACGGAUGAAGUGCCUCUGAUCGGCCCAGUCUUCAUUUCCAAUUUCGACCCAUCAAAUUCAAGUGCCAUACAGAAUGCAAAAUCCAAGUAUCCUCGCGUGGUUGAGAACCUCUUUUCCACGGGAACCCUGAAUCGCACAGACUUGGUUUUUUCUAUCGACGUGUUUUCCGCAGCAACCAACAGCUCUAUCUAUACCUAUUCCCACGUCGGGAAAGACGCCAAUCGCACUUUGACUGCUGGAGUUCUCAAUGACAAGACGAUAGCGCGCAUAGGAAGCGUCACAAAGCUCUUCACGGCUUAUGCUAUUCUCGCCAAGGGAGGCACGGAAGUGUUCACCCAGCCAGUGACCAAGUUUCUCCCUGAACUCGCUGGAAACUACUCUGAAGAUCCAUUGUUGCGGAUCAGGUGGGAAGAUAUCACCGUCGGGGCUCUGCUGGCUCAGCAGGCCGGUUCUGGAGGACCAGGUGAUUUUCUGUCAAAAUAUUUCAAACCCGAUGAUCCAUUGAACUACACUACUAAAGACUUCUUAACUUUCAUGCGCGACGACAAACGGCCUGUGAUCUCCCCGUUCCGCAAUGCCGUCUACUCCGACGCCGGGUAUUCUGUCUUAGGACAAGUGCUAGCUCGUCUAGCAGGCAAGAAGACAUACAGCGAAGCGAUCCACCAAGUCCUUUUCGAGCCAUUGGGACUGCAUAACAUGUCGACAAAGGCCCCCACGGGUGCUGAUUUGAAUGCUAUCAAUCGCUCAAUAAUCGACAAAAGUUCAGCAUGGGGUAUUGACAUUGAGGUUGUGGCAUCAUCCGGUGGUAUAUACGCGAGUGGAGCAGACCUUCGGGCGGCCGGUCUUUCAAUCCUCCACUCCGAACUGCUCUCGCCCACCAAUACUUCCGAGUGGAUGAAACCUCACAGCGGAACAGGCACACUGGUUGAGCUUGUCGGAGCACCCUGGGAGAUCUCUCGCCUAGAGAUUCCUGUUUCCCCGGCCUCGAAUCGGACCCGAAUCUCGGAUCUCUAUACCAAGGCCGGUGGUAAUGGAGACUACACCACCAUUUUCGCCCUUUCUCCAGAUCAUGGUAUUGGCUAUACAAUUCUCGUCGCUGGAUCCACCGCCACGCCUGCCCGUUGGCCUCUUCGUGAUACCGUUGGCGAAAUCUUUAUCCCCGCUGCUGAGCACGCAGCCUGGGAGAAUGCCAAGCGCAAUCUUGCGGGCACUUUUGUCGACAAGGCUUUACCUGGUACCAACUUGACGUUGACUGUCGACAAGGACCGCCCUGGUCUUGGAUUGGGAGCUUUCUGGAUCAAUGGGCAGAAUGGUCGUGACAAUCCCCAUUGGCGCGUCUAUCCGACCGGACUGAAUUCCAUCUCACGAUCGUUGUCAGCUCUUUAUAAGAGCAAAGGUAAGAUGCGUGUGGCACAUCGUAUGGCAGAGCCAGAGCCUCCGAUGAAGCCUCGUGCUGCUGUGGAAGGGGGCAAGGGAGGGUUAUUCGAUAACUCUUUUACCUGGAUGAACCUUGACUUUUCGGGCCCUGUUGAUGAGUUCAUUUUCAAUCUUGUCGAUGGGCGACUCGUUAGUGUUGAGCUGCCGGUGACUGGCUUGGUCCUUGAUCGGGUUUAG